CGAGCGUGCGGAUGCGGAUACGCACAUCAUGCUGCGAGCGAUCCUCUUCUUCUGCGCAUACCUCACCUGGCAAGGUGUUAUUGCUCUGAAAAUGUUAGAAUUACAAGUUCCCCCGUCCAUCAUGAGCGGACAACCGAUCACACUGAACUGCACAUUUGACCUCGAAGGAGACACGCUUUACUCCAUUAAAUGGUACAAAAACAACGUUGAAUUUUACAGAUACAUUUUAAGUGACAGGCCACCCGGACAAAAAUAUCCUUUGCAGGGAAUUUAUUUAGAUAAUAAAUUCCCGCAUGGUCCAAGCAUCCAAAUGUAUAAAACAGAUCUUGCAUCAGAAGGAACAUACAGGUGCGAAGUGUCUUCGGAAGCUCCAUUCUUCGACACUGUGAGAGAUGAAAAAGAACUAAGAGUGUAUGUUCUACCGAAACGUGGGCCAACUAUUUUGGGAGCCAAGCCGAGAUAUUCUAUAGCAGAUGACCUGAACGUCACUUGUAUGUCUGCUCCCUCCAAGCCACCAUCUUUUUUGCAGUGGUUCGUCAACGAUAAAGAAGUACCUCAACAGCACACGACUAGGAUGCCACCCCUCCGCAACACUGAUGGACUUCUCAGCUCAAUGCUAGGCCUGCGAUUCGUGGUGGUCCCUCAGCACCUUAAGAACGGCGUUCUCACUCUUUCAUGCAGAGCCUACAUAUCGAAAGCUUACCUCACUACCAAAAGUGAAAUUGUGGCCACAAACAAAGCAAAGAUUGCUGAAAAUCACGCAACAUUAAGCCAGGACGGGCCCACAAUAACAGGUGGUCGGCUGAGAUACCAGGAAGGGAACGUUGUCAAUGUAAAUUGCACUGCUCAGAAAAGUCACCCUCCAGCUGAACUUAGAUGGUACAUUAACGACAAAGAGGCUAACCGAGAUUAUUUGAGACACUAUCUUCCCAUCCGAUAUCCUGAUGGUCAAGAGUCGACGCUCCUUGGCUUGAGAUUCACUGUCCAACCAAGGCAUUUCCAAAGAAGCGAGAUGCGACUUAAGUGUGUCUCCACACUCUUCAAUGUUACCAACAUGCGCAGUGAAGACAUGGUCAUCAGCAGCCGGCAAGAAAGCUCCGGACUUGUUGUUGUCAUUAAUAGCAGUGGUUUUUCUGGAUGUAAAAUAAACGAAACACUUCUGUGGAUAGCAUAUUUUCUAGUUAUUCUCAUAUGCUGUCGGUAGCAGAACAGUAUUUACGAGAAUUGAUAUUUUCACCUCACUGCUGUGCAGUGGAAGUUACAUGGCUCUGUGAUUGAAAGUAAAAUUCGUGUUCUCCUCUCCAAUACUAAGCAGAACUCAUAACACAAGAGACAAGAUAUAUUGCCUGCCGAACAAGUUUAAUGCAUCCUGUUGUAGAUAUGUAUCAUAGAUCUGUAAGAUGAUGGGAGGCACAAAGAAAUUUUGUUUGAGGAAAAAAAUUUAAAUCCGGUGAUUACAUAGCAAUCUUUCCACGCCAGUGGACGAUAUCAUCAAUCCCAAAUCCUGACUUUUUGGCUUAAAGAGGAAUAGAAUCACAUGUACUUUGAGAUAUUAAACCCUUGCACUUUGUACAUGAAGAUGAUUGUCACAAAUUUGGUGGUAUAAUGUCUCUUUUUCUUGUGUUCGAUUCUGGUUAGUGCUAUGUUCUGACGAUUUAUUGCCACAGUUUUACCAAGCCCAAACCUGCCUUCCGAUCACAUGCUCACAUUUUGAAAAACUGAUGAAUAUUAUGAUUUAUUUCAUGUAUUUCGAGAUCGAACUAUCACCUCUUAAUAUACUUCAAUAUAAUAUGUAACUUACUGCAGAGUUUUUAUGUUAUUUCAUAAGAAAAUACAGUUUUAUUGAAAUUCGGGCUAAUAUUGCUGCUGCUGUCUUAAGAGAAUCUUCUACAAGAGAAAAUUAUUUGAAUCCCAAAUGAAAAGAGUAGAUUAACUGAUUCAUCACCUUUCUACAUAACCUUUCUAUCACUUUUAAGGCAUUUCUUAUACCGUGAAAUGAGUCAAUUUUUACUCUUCCUUUAAAAAUAACACAUCUAGUGAAAAUAAUUAUUUCUGCACAGCAUUUUAUACCAGGAUAUAAUCACCAUAAUGAUGACGUCAAACAAUCUUUAAGUAUGAAAAAUAAGUGGUAAUCACUCUGCUGUGGUGUAGCAUCACAGGGCGGGAAGUUCAAAGAUACCCAGUCAAACUGCUCAACUAUUGCGUUGGAGAUAAUGUUAAAAAAAAUUAAUAGUGUAAAGCAACAUAACUCAAACUAAUGAAAACCAGGAAAUGAAAUGACGAACCAUUUUGUAAAAUAAAUCAAUGGAUUAUAAUUUUUUAUUUCUUAGUCCUUCCUUAGAGAAAAUAUAAAACAAUAUGCUUUUGAAUAAUUACCAAAAUUGGCAAGAUAUCGAAAUUUCAAAAGAAGAGGAUUGAAGGAUUGUUUCCACCCUUAAUUUUUAAACUACUGACCUUUUUUUUUUACUGAGAGUGUUUUAUAUUUUAAGUUUUUUUUUUUAUUUCUUUUAUAUCAUUAUAUUUGAACGUAGAAUAAACAGGCUUUUUUAAAUAAGCAUUCAAAAGAAAAUAAAAAUAAGUUAUUUAUUAUGGUUUCGGACAAAUAAAGUACUUUUUUUCAAGAUCAGAUGUAGUGAAACUUCAAAAAAAUAUUUGUAACCAAAUUACAAGUACUGCAUUUAACUUUUGGUGUUAAUAUGGCACUUAGAGUAACUCGUCUUUAUUGACUAUAUACUAUAUUUCAGUUUGUCAUACAUUGAUUUUGAUUGUACCUGCAUUCGUGAUAUUUACACCAUUUUAGGUAAACUG